AUGGCGGCCGUCUUCUCGCCGCACUGGAAGAAAGACUCCGGCCCGCUGAACCCGACGAAUUGGAAAUUCUACGCCGUGAGUAAGAUUCACGGCCAUUACUAUCCUCUCUCGGUCUGCUGCGAAGAAAAUCCCAGCAAGCUACACGCCGAAGGACAGGACGACUCGUGGCGUGGUCGUGGCCUUGUUUCUUCCUGUCUUCGCACCGUCUCCAUUUUCUUGAAUCCAAAUAACCGGCGCGAGAUUCAGAACGAGCUAAACAUGGCCAAUUCAUUCUAUCAAAAUCCAGAACAUCUUCUUCAACCCACCUUCCAGUUGCCUAAUCCGUCGAAAAGCCAUCCGACGUCCACGCAAGAUGACCAUGUUAGUCUCCAGGAGAGCGGAGAUGACUUUUAG